AUGGUGAGUCCGUUGGCUCUUUUCGUCGGAUUAGCAAUCCUAAUAGGUCCUCUGGGUAUAAUGGUAGAUGGGUUGGGAGUUAACUGGGGGACAAUGGCCACACACAAGCUGCCACCAAAGACAGUGGUUAAGAUGCUCAAGGACAAUAACAUCAACAAGGUCAAGCUUUUCGAUGCUGACGAGACCACCAUGGGUGCACUUGCCGGUUCUGGUCUUGAAGUGAUGGUUGCUAUCCCCAAUGAUCAGCUAAACGUCAUGGGAAGUUAUGACCGAGCCAAGGACUGGGUUCGCAAGAACGUCACUCGUUAUAACUUCAGUGGUGGUGUCAAUAUCACGUUUGUAGCAGUUGGGAACGAGCCAUUCCUCAAAUCAUACAACGGAACAUUCAUAAACCUCACAUUCCCUGCGCUUCAAAACAUCCAAAACGCUUUAAACGAAGCUGGACUAGGGAACUCUGGACAAUGUGACUUCCCUAUUCAGAUUGUUGCUUCUUCCUCUGCUUUUGUCUCUUCUUCUUUGGUUUGGUUGGUCUCUGGAGUUUUGUUUGCCUUCUUCAUGUUUUGA